AUGGCACCAACCCCGACCGAUUCGCCGUCUCACGCCGACACACCGAUGACAGACGCAUAUGAUGAUGCUAUUCCAUCGAUUCCUGUUGACAGCGCCGACGCGCCUCAGAGUUACCAAGAUACCCCGGACUACACGGAUUCGGACACCAAUCCUCACACAACUGCUAGCAGUGUCGCAGGCGACCUCGCCCAAGCAGAUGGACGUCGCCGGAGAUCCGAGGCUACCCAGCUGAGGAAAAGUAUUCUAGGCAAAAAGCAUGGCCGUCUGGAUGAGUCUAAGGAAGAUGACUCGAUUCGUCGAUUCCGUUACCUUCUCGGUCUUACCGAUUUGUUUCGCCACUUCAUCGAGACCAACCCCAACCCUCGCAUCAAAGAGAUUAUGGCUGAAAUUGACCGUCAAAAUGAGGAGAAGGAAGCAAAGGCCCGCAAAGGUUCUUCUCGCUCUGGUGGGGCGGGUGGUGAACGACGCCGCAGAACUGAACAGGAGGAGGACGCUGAGCUCCUGCAGGAUGAGAAGCGGGGCGGCAACACCACUACUGUGUUCCGCGACUCGCCCGCAUUCAUUCAGGGCGAACUCCGUGAUUACCAGAUUGCUGGUCUGAACUGGCUGGUCUCUCUCCAUGAGAACGGUAUCUCCGGUAUCCUGGCCGAUGAAAUGGGUCUAGGAAAGACAUUGCAGACAAUUUCGUUUUUGGGCUACUUGCGCUAUAUCUGUGACAUCAGUGGUCCUCAUCUAAUUGCUGUGCCCAAGUCCACUCUUGACAACUGGAAGCGCGAGUUUGCCCGAUGGACCCCUGAAAUUGACGUCCUUGUUCUGCAAGGUGACAAGGAUCAGCGACAGAAACUCAUCGCAGAACGUCUGGCCGACGAGAAUUUCGAUGUUUGCGUCACCAGCUACGAAAUGAUUCUGCGCGAGAAGUCACAUCUCAAGAAGUUACCUUGGGAGUAUAUCAUCAUCGAUGAGGCCCACCGCAUCAAGAACGAGGAAUCCUCUCUGUCUCAGAUCAUUCGUCUCUUCAACUCCCGCAACCGAUUGUUGAUCACCGGAACGCCACUACAAAACAACCUGCACGAGCUUUGGGCUUUGCUUAACUUCUUGCUUCCGGAUGUCUUUGGUGACUCGGACGCCUUCGAUCAGUGGUUCUCUAACCAGGAAUCUGACCAAGACACCGUGGUGCAGCAGCUCCACCGUGUGCUUCGGCCCUUUUUGCUUCGACGAGUGAAAAGCGAUGUCGAAAAGAGUCUAUUGCCGAAGCAAGAAAUGAAUUUAUAUGUACCCAUGGCCGACAUGCAGGUCAAAUGGUACCAGAAGAUUCUUGAGAAGGAUAUCGAUGCGGUCAACGGAGCGGGUGGCAAGCGCGAAUCCAAGACCCGUCUGUUGAACAUUGUCAUGCAACUGCGCAAGUGCUGCAACCACCCCUACCUCUUCGAGGGCGCCGAGCCCGGCCCACCAUACACGACUGAUGAGCACCUUAUUUUCAACUCUGGCAAGAUGUCGAUCCUUGAUAAGCUUUUGAAGCGCAUGAAGGCAGACGGCAGCCGUGUGCUUAUCUUCUCCCAGAUGAGUCGUGUCCUUGAUAUUUUGGAAGAUUAUUGCGUGUUCCGGGAGUUUAACUACUGCCGUAUUGAUGGUACCACGGCCCAUGAGGAUCGUAUUGCCGCCAUCGACGACUACAACAAGCCAGGAUCGGACAAGUUUAUUUUCCUUCUUACCACGCGUGCUGGUGGGCUGGGUAUCAACUUGACUACCGCCGACAUUGUGGUUCUCUUUGACAGUGACUGGAAUCCGCAGGCUGACCUCCAGGCCAUGGAUCGUGCCCACCGUAUUGGUCAGACCAAACAGGUGAAGGUAUUCCGAUUUGUCACCGAGAAUGCAAUCGAAGAGAAGGUUCUCGAGCGGGCCGCCCAGAAGCUGCGCCUGGAUCAACUGGUUAUUCAGCAAGGCCGGGCUCAGCAGCAGGCCAACAAGGCCGCUUCGAAGGAUGAGUUGCUCGGUAUGAUCCAGCACGGUGCUGCCAGUGUCUUCGGCAACCGGAGUCCCUCUGGAACCGGCUCGAACGACAUUACCGAAGACAACUUCGAGGCUAUCCUUCGAAAGGGUGAGGAGAGGACGGCUGAGUUGAAUAAGAAGUACGAGGCACUUGGUAUCGACGAUCUGCAAAAGUUCAGCUCCGAGAGUGCGUAUGAGUGGAAUGGCCAAGAUUUCACCGAUCGUAAGAAGGACAUUGGUAUGACCUGGAUCAACCCUGCCAAGCGUGAGCGCAAGGAGCAAUUUUACUCCAUCGACAAGUACUACCGCCAAGCUUUGGCCACUGGCGGCCGUACCGCCGACACCAAGCCCAAGGUGCCUCGCCCACCAAAGCAAAUCACCAUUCACGACUGGCAGUUCUUCCCACCUGAGCUGCAGGAGCUGCAGGCGCAGGAGACUGCUUGGCAUCAGAAGCAGAUUGGCCACAAAGCCGAGCUAGCCGAGGGCCCCGAGGACACUCUUAGCGAGCGCGAGGCAGACCGAGAGCUCGCCCAAUACACUAUUGACAAUGCCCAGCCCCUGACGGAGGAAGAACAGACCAGAAAAGCUGCCAUGACUGAGGAGGGCUUUUCGACAUGGAACCGACGUGAUUUCCAGCAGUUCGUCAAUGGAUCGGCUAAGUUUGGGCGCACCGACUACGAGGGCAUUGCUACCGAAAUCGACAGCAAGGAGCCCGACGAGAUUGAGGAAUAUGCCGCGGUCUUCUGGGAACGAUACUCCGAAAUCGAAGAUUAUCCCAAGUACCUACGGGUGAUUGACCAGGGAGAGGAGAAGCUUCGAAAGAUGAACCACCAGCGUAAGAUGCUGCGGAAGAAGAUGGAGAUGUACCGUGUGCCUCUGCAGCAGCUCAAGAUCAACUACACUGUGUCUACAACCAACAAGAAGGUAUAUACCGAAGAAGAAGACCGUUUCCUCCUGGUCAUGCUGGACAAGUACGGUGUCGAGGGGGAUGGGUUAUUCGAGAAGAUCCGGGACGAGGUCCGCGAAUCUCCCUUGUUCCGCUUUGAUUGGUUCUUCCUCAGCCGCACCCCUGUCGAGAUCAGUCGGCGCUGCACCACACUGCUGAACACCGUGGCCAAGGAGUUCGAGCCCGAAACCAAAGUCAAUGGCGAGGGCAAAGGCCGUGGUCGCGGCCGUGAAGAAGAGGAGGAGAACGAUGACGCGGCACCUGCCAAGAAGAAGGCUAAGAAUGGCGCCACAGCCAAACAGGCUAAGCCCGCCAAAGGCGGCAGCAAGAACACCUCGACCCCGAACUCGCGGGCAGCCAGUGUUGCCAACGCACCCAAGUCAAAGACCCGCAAGCGAUGA